AUGAUCGCCUCAAGUGGAAACUCACAUAGUAAUAUGGAGUUACAGCAACCAGUGUAUAUGCCCGAUGAAAACUCGGUUGUAUUUAGAGUGCUAAAUAAUGUUCCACUGGCUUCUAACAAUGAAACAACCAAAGAAAAACAGAUAGUCUAUUAUACUGCUCCAGCAAACAUACAACCGGUUUACUCUAAUCAGCCAUACGUCUGCUUGCAACAAUUACCAAACAGUCAAAUUGUCAAUCAAUAUUCACAAACCAGCCUAUUCGUUCAUCAUCAGCCUCAACAGCAACAACAACAAUUAUCACUAAAUAACAACGUGGCACUUGCUUGUGCACAACAACCAAUGUUACAUUCCAACAUGAUUCAACAACAAGCAUUUUUAUCCACAUAUCGACCAGCUGUUAAUAUGAUGGAGAUGCCUCCAUCAUCAAUGAUAAAUCCAACAGUAGCUUCCACGCCAAUAUCAGCUAGUGCCAAGAGAGGGCGCAACGACACCAGUGGUAUCUCAGAAUCGAAUAUUCAAGCUAGACCUCAAUAUCCACGGAUUGCUCGAAUUUUCAACACAAACGAUACUUCUAUUAAACGCCACCGUGGUAUGAAUGAGCCGAUAGUGCAGCCAACAGAUAAUAUAUAAUAACCUACAUCUGCGUCCUGUCGUCUCGCUACUACGCGCUUUCCAUUCUCUUAUUUUUCGGUUAUUUUCUUACAAGAAAUUCGAGACAAGAAGGUUAUUGAUGAUCUAACCAAACGUGCAAAGAAAAAUUUAAAGCUCGAUUUGAGAAUGGUAGCUUACAGAUGUGGACGUGCGGAAAAUAACGAGUGCCGCGUAUUAAUAUUCGUUGAGAAUAGCGGAUCUUUCGUGUUGGGGUGUGGGUGUGGGUGUGGGUGUGGGUGUGGGUGUGGGUGGGGGUGGGGGUGGGUGCUGGUGGCGUAUUCCAGGCAACCACAACCACCCAAUCACGUGGACCUAUUGAGUCACCGACAGCGUUAUUCGGGUGUUGAAUGCUUAUGGGUUUGCACGGGUUCCUUUGCAUUCCUGGUGAAAUUCGGGGAGUCAGUUUGUUGUCCUCUUUAAUUCCUGUCGGGAUCAUGAUGGAUUCCUUGGUGCUUCCGGAUGGAUACAGAAGGAUUCCUUUGGGAUACAUGUUGGGUUCCUGCCGUUUUCAGCGCCCGGAUCCUGCAGUAUAUUGAACAUUUCCAGUACGGUGGAGUUCCGACCCGGAAUACUGCUACCGAGUUCCUAGUGUUUUCCCGGCGGGUUCAUGCCGGAAAGGUCUAGGAACCUGCAGAAAACGGUACGGAAUACCCUGGAAAUUAGGCCGGUUCCGUCCGGAUCCGGAGGCCGGAAUCGUCGCCCUGGGCUUAAGUUAAGGUGGAGCACGUAUGAUCGCUGAGUCGCCGCUUGCUUCUUAUUAUUCUUAUUAUUUUUAUUAUUUUUAUUGUCUUUCUCUAUUUCCAUGGUGCAGUACAACUGAGUCUUGUUCUUCCUUACUUGCUUCCAUCUCACAAUGGAUAGUCGAUACUUGCUAACAGCCGUUUCUUUUCUCUUUUCUUCCUUUUUUGUAGUUCUCUUUUUUUUCGUUCUUUCCGUUGAUAUUUGCUUCGUUUAUUAUAAUGCUCUCAAGAAAUGUCCUCUUUGAUUUUUACUAUUCUUGUUCGAUUUUAUUUUAUUUCAUUCUAUUGUAUUUUAUCUUUAUUUUUAUUUUUAUCCAUUUCUUCGUUCUUACUCUAGCUUGGUAAUUUUUUUUCUCUUUUUUUUUCUUUGUCUCUCUCUUAUUUUAUAACAGGCACAUUAUGUUUCAAGCUCAAAUAUCCCUUUAGGAUCGUCAGGGUCAUAGGGUUAACUCAUGCAUAAUAAAAAAAAAAGAUUUUUCUGUCUUUUGUCUAUACAAUAUAUAACUAUUUUAUAUGAAUGACUUAUUUUCCCAUUUAUAUCACAUAUUCUUUAUCAGAACGACUAGUAAGCGAAUAAAAUUAAAGUAAAAUUUUGUCAAAUGAUCUUGAAGGAUAUUUCGAUCGUAGCAGAAACGAUUAAGAGUCAUGAUACGUCUAUCUAUUGUAAAAUUAUGAAUUCUUCUUACUUUGCAAGAUAAACAAUAUAAACAAAGUGGCAUGUCGUGCUUUUGACAUUUCAUUGGUUUAGCGGUUUUAUUUUUCACAAUGUCGUCUUUUUCACCAAUAGAAACGACGUUAUGCGAUUUUUGUGAUUUAAAUGAAUGUACAACAGUAUUAUGUUGAUCACAGAAAUUGGCAUCAUCCUGAACACAAUACCAUCUGGCAUUUGCAUCGCAUUCACUGCAUAAUUCUUGUUGUUGUUUAGACGCCAUUUCAAUGUAAAAAGUAUAUAUCUUCUGAAGAGGAACACGACAAAAUAUGCGUGUGUUGUUAGAUAAUCAAAUAUGAGAUAUGAGACGCAAAUUCUUUUUCUUUUUCUGUGCACCAUAAUCUUUGCUUGGAAAGAAAAAUGUUACAAAUAAAACAGCACAGCGAGUAAUAAAGUGGGAAAAUAUCAUGUAGAGCUGGUCCUUAAUGAGUAAUCCAUAUUAACAGUAUUUUCUAAUGAUUAUUCACAAAAAUACAUUCAAAUUAAAGAUAUACAGACAACCUUUGUUGAGCAAAUGCCUGCAUCGGGUGUGAUUCACAUAUAUUUUUUCUUUGCAUCAGGCGAUCAAUCAUUUGCAGCAAUACCACAUCAAAUUAGAGCAAUAUUCGGGUUUGGGUGUAAGGAACGGAAAGAUUCGCACCCACAAUCAACCAUACCCACAUCCACCCUUCUCACGAAGCUUUUUCUUCAUCGUCAUCAAUUGGGGUGUGGGUGUGGGGUGGGGGUUGGGGGUGCGGGGGUGGGG